CUGUCUUAAGAGUGGAAAAUGGAUUUUGAAUGACAUCUAGUGGUGGAUUUGAGUAUAGCACCACAACUAACUUCCUGGCUGCUUGGUGACUCCUAGCUUAAUGGAGAAUAACUAGCAAUAAAGGAAAAUAUUUUGGCAUACUUAUCACCCUGACCUUCUUCGAUUAUAAACACUUACUGAGCUUGGACUUUUAAUCUCAAGAACUAUUGGGAGGGAAAGAAAAAUUUGACUUUUGACUACGUUUGGCUGGAGAGACUUUUGAGCUGUCUUCAGGGUGGUUGAACAUUUUGAACACUUUGAACAUUGUGGAUUACAACUUUGCCUGCCUGAAAAUUCUUGGACGCCUGAGACAAAAGAUCACUACAAAAUAUUGCUUUUAGGACUGGACCCAUAUUCUGGUACCUAUUGGAUUAUAAAGGCUACACAUAAAGACCAGAAAAUUAGAUGAAACUUUGUUCUAUUCUUAUUAAGGUUGGUGAUACUAGAGGAUCUUCAGGAAUGAUGCCUCAAGAAAAAAUAAACACCUUUCAGAAGGAAAUAUACUGUCAACAAUCCUACCAGACUCCUGGGUAAAGAAGGACACAAAGGCAAACAGACUCAGGAAGCAGCAGGUUUACUUUAAGGCAUCGUUGGCAACAGCACAGACUUACAGCACAAAAGAUCCUUGCUGAACAAAGUUUCCACUGGGAGCAAUCGCCUCCCAGCGCAGCUUAAAUGCACUUGCUUCAGUGCCACCCCACCCUGGCCCAACUAGCCAGCAACUCCAUUCUCCAAUCACCCAAUCAGCAUCCGACUGUAGUUAGUCCAAAGCGCAGCAGCUGUCCCAGCUUGACCCCAUCCCUCCUGUUCGUCUGUGUGAUCUUUGGCCUUCUGGGAAGUCCCACCCUGACAGUGCAGCUCUCCCGCUCAUCAGCUGUCCAGCGGCCGCUCGUUAAUUGUCCCAGCAUCUCCACCGCGUGGGCGCGGCUCCCAACAUCGUCCGGUGUUCCGCUCGGCGUCCACUGCACAGCAACAGCCUGUCAGCUGUCCGGCAGUUCAAAUGCGCCCCCCCGGAGCACCGCCGCUCAAACUGCUUCGCCGAGCUGCUUAGCCAAGACAGUGAGCUGCAUGGAACCGGUUCUGGCUGUCCUCUCCCCCAAUGUGUUGUCCUUCACCUUCCCCCCUCCUGUAUGUUGAGCCUGGGAGGGCUUGACAUAUACUCUAUGCUACAAUUAACUCACCAAAGUCACAUACAAAGAGGACAUAAAAAGAAACCAUAAUGAGACUAAAAAUAAUUUAGAUAAUAUAAAUGAACAAAUCUCCAAUUUAAAUCUAGAACUAGAAAAUUUCCAGACGACUACAAAGUAUGAAGAAAUAAACCAGAAAUCAGAAAAUGAAGCAGAGGAAAUAGACUUAGAGACAAAAGAGAUAAAAGAAGGGAAAUAUAAACCACCACAUACAAAUAAAAUACUGAUAACAAUGAAAAUGGAAAAGACAUUUUACCUUUUAGAUCUGCAAAAUAUACCUGAUGAUAAGGAAGAAGAUUUUAAAAAAUGGAAUAUAGAGGAAAUGUCACAACUUCAGAGACAAAAAAUGAAAAGAGAAAUUGAGGGAGAAGGAAAGUGGGAGUUGCUUAAGGAACUCAAAAAAAAUACCCUAUGUUUUCCUCAUGCCAAGAAACUUUUACAAAAAUAGAAAGAAAUCUCCUGCACAACUUAAUUGCCCUGGCUUGUAAAGCUACUUGGCAAAGAAAGAAAGCAAGAGUUAGAUUUAAAAUAAUCGAAGAUUUGAUCGAUUAGAGGGGGAUAUUAUAUCUUUAAAUAUUUGUUUGAAUAUGAUUAAAAGAAUGGAUGACCCUUAGAUAUAAUUAGACUUUUAUAAUGAGAGAUAUGAUUUAGAACUAAAAUAGCAUUUUUUUUCUUUUGAUAUGGGAAAUAUGAAAAUAAGAGGAUGCCUGGUAUAAAACUUUUAGCUAUAUAAAUGUAAUUAAUAUUGAGAAAAUCAUAACUGACAAAGAUAUUUCAAAUAUUGGUGGGAAAACAAACCUUAAGAAGAGCAUGAAAAACAGGAUAUUGAUUUAUGAAUUGAUAUUAUUUGUAUAUUAGUAAAAUAUGAUGAGGAUGUUUAUAUCUAACUUUGUACACAUCAACAGUAGCAAGAACUGUAACUGUGUAAUGGGGGGGAAAUGGAAAAAAUAUGGGAAAGAAAAGGAGGAUCAGGGAAAAAAUACAGGAUUGUGCAGUACUGAACAGAUUUAUAUUGAAGAAGUUAAUGUUAAAUAUUUGAACCCAGAUAACAUGUUGUUUACUAAGCAUUAAAGACUGUAAUUCUUAAAAAUCAAUAAAAUAUUUUUAAAAAAAGAAAAAGAAAAGAAAAGAACUUCUCCAAGUAUUCAAAACUCACAUGUUUGCCAUCAAGUAUCUCAAGGAUUCAAUACUGACAUCUUUAGAAAAGAUUUGAACUUUAGGUGACACAAAACUUCCUUUAGUCCUUUUUAGUAAAUCCCAUUCUUCUGUAUAUUUGAAUGUUUUUAUUUUAAAUACCUUGUAGCAUUUUAUGCAGCAAGGACAUUAAGCUAACAUGUGUAUAAUUUUGUAUCUUCUCUGGCUUUUUUUUUUAAUUGCACACUUUACAGACUUUGGGAACAAAUGCUAGUUUUUGCAAAAGAAUUAUUUAACAACUCUCAGGAUAAUACUAUUUGGAUAUCGGCAUGUCCUUAUUUUUAAUUUGGCAGUAGGCAUGACUUCAUAUUAUAUGAUUAAUGUUUUUCAGCUACUUUGAUUCUCUUCCUGAAAAAAACUAUUUCAGGCAUAAACUUAUAUUAUAUAUCCUCCCCAACAAAGAUGAAAGCAAAUACUUUAUUAACUGUGUAUGCACUAUCUAGCAUAUUUUUAAUGUUCUGUCAUUUAGCAGCUCAAUAGUCUCCUUGGCAAUUUUCUGUUGGCUUAUUUUAAUAGUUUGGUGUAGUGAUUAAGGCACCAGGUUAGAAAGCAGGAAUCCUGUCUUAAGCAUGAAGUCAGCUGAGUGACUAUAAGCCAAUCACUCAACUCUAGGAAGGAGACAAUGGCAAAACCACUUUCAAAACCUUAAGAAAACUACAGGAACUCAACAGGAGUAAACACUAAUCAGCAGGCACAAAUAUGUAUGUACCUAUUGAAGGUAUACACAUACACAGGUGUCUUUGUGUGUAUUUCUUCUUGUUGUUAAUGAUUUUUCCCCAGGAUGAAAUUAUUCUUGCUUGGUAGUAAUACGUUUAAUAGCUAUGAGCCAGCACAGCAGUUCAACCCAAUUUUUUUAAAAAAUAGGGGGGGAACAGAUUCUGAAAUUUUGCAACUAGUUGUUGAUGCCAUGUAUUCAGAAUGACACUGACUUAUGAAUAUUAAUAAGACCGCAACCAGAUGGUUCCAGGCAUCUCGAAACAAGUCCUGGGAGGAACAGUUGAAGUAAGUGACAUGUUUCAGUGCAAGAGAAGAUUUGUAUAAAAUCUUUUUUCCUUUUUCAGCUUCCGUUUUCUCCUUGGUCCUUUCAGAAAAUGUCCAAUUGCUCUUUCCUCCAUAUUAUGGCUUGCUGUAAUAUUCCAGUAAUAUUCCAGCUUUCACGUGAUGUUGUAAUUUACGAUGAAUUCUAUUAUGUAUGUGCGUGCCUCCAAACACAAAUUAUUACGUACAGCUCUAUCAAACUAUGCUAAAAUAAAUAAUCUAGAGUUUAGGUCUUCGGAGCGCCCUUGGAGCUAGGGCCAUCAAGGCAGUUUCCUGAGGACAGAAACCGCAGCUCACUGCGCAGGAGGUGCUCUGCCCGGAAACACGGUUGCAGAGACAGGUAUGGAAAAAAAACCAGGGGGGACUGAUAGGCGUGGCAGGAAAAAGACGUCAGCCUCCAAUCCAAUAAUAUCCUAGAGGCCUGGGGGGGGGACUUCUAUCUUCCACGCUAUUGGUGGAGCAAGCUGCCUUUUACGCGGUGUGGCACCCAAUGUGGAGCGCAGUGGGAUGAAAGGCCAAGAGGAGGCAUCUCCCGGCAACCCCAUCCCUCCGUGUGGGUGAGCGUCUGGGUAACUGCUGGGUAACCGGCAGUUCACGUGUUGUUUUGCUCUUCGCGGGGACGAGCAAAGUGCGAGAAGUAACUCGCUGCGUCCGUGGUGCUGAAACUGACGGAGCUUGCGCAGUAGCCUCGGGCGGACAGAGGCGAAGGAGCGCGAGUUGACAGUAACGAGCAGACCCAGAAGAUACCAGGGACAGGUGCCGCACACCAAGGAAGCCCGGGGCUCGCCCUCCUGGAAUACCGUCCCAUUCUGGGGGAUGGCGACCGCCCCCGCACCGGAAUCGCCCAGCAGCUCCUCGGCUGGCCCCAAUCUCAACAACAACAACAACAACCAGCAACAACAACAGGAGCAGCAGCAGCCACCUCCGGGCGUGCGCAAGUGCGGCUACCUUCGCAAGCAGAAGCAUGGCCACAAGCGCUUCUUCGUGCUUCGCGCCCCCAGUGGCGGGGCGGCAGCGGGGGAGGAGGCGUCGCCGCAGCAGCCAGCCCGACUGGAGUACUACGAGAGUGAGAAGAAGUGGCGGAGUAAGUCCACGGCUCCUAAGCGGACCAUUGCCCUCGACGCUUGCCUCAAUAUCCACAAACGAGCCGACGCCAAGCACAAGCACCUCAUCGCCCUCUACACGCGCGACGAGUACUUCGCCUUGGCGGCUGAAAGCGAGCCUGAGCAGGAGGCCUGGUACCAAGCGAUCACGGAGCUGCUUCACGAGGGCCAGGCCGCGGCACAGGGCUCUCCUCGGCACCCGUCCCAGUUGGCCUCCUGCGAGGACUUCAGCUACGGGCAACUGGGCUGCAGGCCCCCUUCGUCCGCCGCCUACAGCGAGGUGUGGCAGGUGACGCUGAAGCCGAAGGGACUCGGGCAGAGCCGCAACCUCACGGGCGUGCACCGCCUGUGCCUGGCGGCGCGUACGGUCGGGCUGGUGCGGCUCAACUGCGACCGGCCUUGCGUGACGCUGCAGCUUAUGAACAUCCGCCGAUGCGGUCACUCGGACAGCUUUUUCUUCAUGGAACUGGGGCGUUCCGCCUCAACGGGGCCCGGGGAACUCUGGAUGCAAGCCGACGACUCGGUGGUGGCGCAGAACAUCCACGAGACCAUCCUGGAGGCCAUGAAGGCGCUGCGGGAGCUCGUAGAGUUCCGCCCGCGGAGCAAGAGCCAGUCCUCGUCCUCCUCGUCCGGAGGCGCCACCACAGUCGCCGUGACUGCGGGCGGCGGCGGGGGAUUAUCGUCUAUGUGCAGCCGGCCCAUCUCAGUUCCCGGCCGCCGCCAUCACGCCCAUCAUCACCCGCUGGCGCCUCUGCCCCCCAACCAGACCGGCCUCCUCCGCCGUUCGCGCACUGACAUCUUGACUGUAGCAGGGAGUAGCAGUAGCAGCAGCAGCAGCAGCAGUAGUAGCAGCAGCCAUAGCAGCCGGGUGCGGACGGCCAGCGAGAGUGAUGGAAUUAGGGCUGACUCGCUGUCUGGCAGCCCCCUGAGCCCCGAAACGGGGCAAAUCUCACAUCGCCUUGGAAUCAGAAGGGUCCCUAGCCCACUAGGAGGGCCAACAGCAAUCCAUUCUGGUGGCUCCCUAGCUUUAGGGCAUUCUUCCUCCCUGGGACCAAAGUUGACCACAGAGCCAAGCUUGGCCUCUCAGCGCUUAUCUAGUUGCAGCGCUUCUGCUUCUGGUUCCCCCAGUGACCUAGCUGGCUUCAUGACUUUUGAGGAAAUAGACUCCAGUCCAGCUGGAGAGCUACUGCCUUUCUCAUCUUCUUCAGCAACAAGCCACCAUAGCAACACACCUGAAACUCCUCCUGGCUGGCAGUUGGAUGGUUACAUUGUGAUGGAGCGGGAACCUGUCCACCACCAGCUAUAUCUUUGUGGAGAGGACAAGAUUCCCAGGAAGCGCACUUACUCUUUGACAACACCAGCACACCAAGGCUCCUUGCCUCCUCCAGUUUCCUCUGCCUCCCUCAACGAGUACACACUCAUGCAGGCCACCUUUUCAAGAGCGGGAUAUUCACCAAAGACAACCUAUACUCCUUAUCCCGAAGAUUAUUGUGAUGUGGACAUUGGGUGUGGUGGCAUCAGCAGUGAUAGGUCACACAUAGGUUGUAUUGUGCCUAAGGAGGAUGGCUAUAUGCCCAUGAGUCCCAGCAUAUCAUCUGCCGUGUCAUUGCAGACUGAUUCUGAUAGCUAUAUGUCUAUGCAUCCCACCAGUGUGUCAGCCCCACAACAGAUUGCACAGUCUUAUUCCUACAAAAUCAACAGGGAGAGUUCUCCAGAUGAUUGUGGUUACAUGCAUAUGUGGGGUACCAGAACCAGGCUGCCUGGAGAGAGUCCAGAAGAGAGAUUGGCCAACAAUGACUACAUCAGUAUGUCCCCUUUGCUUUUGCCCCCUUUGCAUGGACCUUCUGCUUCAGAUUCACCUAUGCUCUCAACUGAUCAUUUCAGUGCUUUGAGGCUUGGAAACCAGGCUGGUUACUUGGGUAGCCUGUUGCAUGCAUGCCAACAGCAGUCAGAUUCCCACGGUGAGAGAAAGGACAGUGACCAGUACGUGUUUAUGAGCUCUCCAACAGGCAGACAGAAUUACGCCCCCAAAGGGAAAUUCUUUCUUGCUCCAUGCAACAAUACUUCAGUGCAUUUAUCCAUGCAUCACAAUCAAAUUGAGAACUCUUUCAGCCAAAAGACAGGCAAUACCCAGUCCACUCACCCUUCUCUGGGGCUUUUGCUACCCAGCAUGAAUGAACAGCCUCUUCUAAAGGAACCUCAGAGUUCCAGUGGAGAUUAUGUUGAUAUUGGCUACUCACUGGCGCCAGACUGUGAGGAUGUAUCUUCUCUGCUUAACCCUGGCUUAGGUGGGCAUAAUGGCUCAAGGAUUUCCAGUUAUAUGAACCUCGACUUUGAUGGUCCACAGACAAGUGCCAUCUCUCUGGGGUCCUUGGAAGAAAUACUUAUGCCAGUAUCUUGCCCUAACCCCGGGCAGCUAGACAAGCAUUAUUUAAAGGUUGGAAUGCAGAUGGCUUACCUUUCCAGCCCAACUUCUGAAGCUGGUGACUAUGCAGAAAUGAUUUUUAACACUGCCACCGCACCACCCCAGCCCAUCUCACACAAGCCAGAAAGUGCUUGUGUGACUAGCUCUGGCCCUGGAAUGAAGCAACUUACCCUUCCUGGGGUGAAGGCUUUUGCCUUUGCUAAUCCUUCUUUUGAUCCCAAUCAUGGAGCCAAAGUCAUUCGUGCUGAUCCUCAGGGGCGUCGAAGGCACAGCUCAGAAACUUUCUUAUCUACUACCACAGUGACUCCUGUUUCUCCUUCCUUUGCACACAAUCCUAAGCGGCAGAAUUCUGCCUCUGUAGAAAAUGUGUCCCUCAGGAAAAAUGAAGGUUUGGGAGAGGAACAGAACAGUAGCCCCAUGUGCCGGGAAACCUCAGCUGGCUUCCAGAAUGGCCUCAACUACAUUGCUGUUGAUGCAUUGCAUGGAAGUAAUCUUGCAGUUGGAGACCAAGUUGAGUACAAAGACAUGUAUCCUAUCAAUGGAAAUAUCAACAGUACUUAUGCCAGUAUAAAUGUUCUGGCCCACAAUCUGAAAAAAACAUCUUUAGUGAAAGAAUGAAGAAACAAGUUUCAUCCUUAUACUUGAUAGAACUGUCAUCAUUUUAGAUUUAAGCUGCUAUAAGAUCCAUUUUUCUCCCUACUUCACAUAGCUUUCAGAACAUUUCUUCAUUAUUAUUGGAGGAGAAGCAACCUGUCUCAUUUACCAGGAUCUUUUGCAACACCGUGCCACUGUUUGCAUACAUUGUGCUCAGCGUGAUAUCUUUUAGGACUUUGGACCUCUGCUGAUGGAUUGUGAUCAUUGCAUUUUCAGUACCAAUGAACUGUACUUACUCUUCAGCAUGUUAAGAGGUUCUGCUUGCACAUGCUACAGCAGUACAAUUUGGUGUUUACUAGCAUAUUUUCAAACCUCUACAGCACUACCUCAGUUAAAAGUCAAACUGGAUUUGUAUUGUGGCUUAGGAUGGCUGACAUUUCCUUUCUCUCAGUGGCAUAGUACAGUUGUCAGCCUUACCGAAUCUAUCAAGAACCCUGCUACUGGCUGGCUGCUUCUUUUACUUACAUGCAAAUGGAAAAUGGGACCUGAAAAACUUAAAGCCAAGAUGAAGCUUGAUAGAUUAGAUUUCUAUCACUAUAUUUCUGAUAAAUAUAAGAUCUGCUUUGGAAGCAGCAAAACUUGGUACCAUUAAACUGUACUGGGAUGUCACUCUAUACCUCUGACACAUUUGUUUGAUAGUUUCUUUUAAAGUUUUGCAGACUUCAGAGAUCUUUUAUCCUAUUUGUAUGCUUAGGUUUAUCAGCCUAUUCUUGGUAUUAGCUUAUUUUCUUGCAACUAAAAUUUAGAAAUGAAGGGUAAUACAUGUCAAAAAGAUGGCAAACUUUUGUACAAAAUUCAGCAUAUUAUUCAGUAAAGCUGAAUAUUUUUCUUCAACAAGAAAUAAUAAUUUCCAUUAAAAAAACCAUAAUAUUUGGGGAGAGAACAAAAUUUUCAGUCAGUCUCCCAAAGAUAGUUCAUAAGAACAUACAUAUUCAGUAUUUUGAAAAUAACAGUGUCAGAGCUGCUAUUUUUACAUAUCUUAUCUUCAAAGCUUUGGUGGUCCUCUUCUUGUUGCUUCUGAUCCAUUUUUGAUUCAAGAGACUUUUAAAAAAUGUAUUACUAUCAUUACUAAGAGCAACUGUCUGUGUUUAAGCAAUGAACACAACAUCAUCAGAAGCAGUAUUUUCUAUCUUUACUGAGCUAUUGCUCAGGAUAAUUCAAAAUUCUCCUGCUUUCAUGCUGAGCAGUGGGACAGAAGACUCUGUAGAACGAUGCAUCUGAAUAUAAUCUCUACUCACUCAAGGUUUUUUUUGAGGGAAUGGGAGGAGAGUAUAUGUUGAAGAAUGGAAUUAUCAAAUAAAAGCAAAAAAAAAAAAUUACCCCACAUUUCUGCAGAAAUUUUUGACUGCAAUUUCUAAUAUUCUGAUUAAUGCCCAUGCUGGCUUGGGUUGUGGAAAUUGUGAUCCAAAACACCUUGAAAGCAUUAAGUUAUGGGGGAAUGUCAUAAAUUAAAUUAAUGAAGAUAGCUGGAUAUCAUGUCCUCAAGUAAUGGAGCACUGCAUCUAAUGACUUCAGGGGGAAAAGUAAGUCCCUGAGUCCAUAAUAAUCAGUUUAGUUAGUUUCUAAAAUAAAUAAGCUUGAAUAUAUACUGACAUUGUCAAUAAUUUACAUUUCACAAGGCAUAUGCAAAUAAUUACAUUCUUAAUCUAGUUUACAAUCUGAAACCAAAAUGUAUAAAUGUUAAAUUUGCUAACACUUUGCUAUGUAUAUUGGGUCUUUGUAAAUUCAGCCUAAUUUUACCUUAAAUUUUAAAAUAUUUUUUGCUAUGUAACAUUAACAGUUAUAAGCAGUGUUUUCUUUUUAGAAAUAUAAUUGUUUCUGGACAUUGAGAUAGUAAAUAUAUUUCUUGGCAUUGUGCUAAGGCAAAAUACUUAAUUUAUCUUGCUGUGUCUUCCAAUGCACACCAUAUAUAUAGAAAUAAUCAGUGAUGCUGCUGGGGAACAGAAAACGUGGAACUAAAAUUUAGUCUUUAGUCUUUACUGAUCUUGGCUGCUAUCCUUAAUAGCCAUAUGCAAUAAAAUAUUAUUUAUUGAAGCAUUAAA